CAGAGUAGUGAUUGAAGAUGUCAUGGAUUGAACUAGUGCGGUGCCGCUCUGUGUUCACUUGGCUGUGUCUGCUCGGUGACUGGAGAGGAGUGGGAGAGGGAGGGGAGAAAGAGCAGAGCAGCAGCGGGCAAGCCACCAGCUCUGAAACCCAGAAAAAAACGCGAACUUAGCUUGUAUACGCAAGAAAAAUUUACUUUGGUUUACGAGAUGGUCCGCACAGAGGAACGCACCGCUCCGGGGGUUUAGGCAGUACGUCUGGGUCGUGUGUGGACUCUACUCGAGACGACUGGAAACUCAUAAGGAAAGAAAACAACAACACUGGAAAAAAGACGGGGAUUACACACAACAGUGACAAUAAAACAACACUCCCCGACAAGUGGUCUGUCUGGUGCCGAGGGUGAAGUCCGAACAAAAAACAGGAAAUAUUGGUGAAUUGAUUUUCUGUUUGAAACAUUUUUGAAUGCUAGUUUCCAUAUAACCUUUCUAUGUGAACUUUAAACUCAGGAAACAAUGAAGACAUAGCAAGCAAGAACUCAUCAAGUGUCUCGAAGCUGCUAGCCAUCUCGCUAGCGUUAGCGUGGCUAUCUUGCAGCGAGCGAAUGCGAAGUAAAGCUAACGCCCGCUAGUGCAGCUAAGUAAGCUAAGUUAGCUUGUCGGCUAACGUUAGCUGGCUAGCUAAACGCGUUCUUGAGAAACUUUUGGUGUUGUUUCCCCAGAGCUCAAACACUGAAGGAGAAUUGUAAGAACAGAGGGGAAGGGCAGGUUCCCUUCUGGACUUUUUCCCCUCUACGUAUUUUCCGAAUAUGAUGGCUGCGGAGGUCAGCAGUGAGGAUACGGGCUCGGUCACGACAGGGACAGGGGUUGCAGGCGGAGGAGGCCCGGAGACGGCCGCUUUCCCCUUCUAUCCCAAGCCAAGUAGAGUGCGAGUCACAGAUUUGGGACAAGGACCCACUCCAACCCUCCGCCAACAUUCAAACACAUCGCCGGAGUCACUUCCCGACAUGAGUAUGAUCUAUCCCUUGUCUAGUGGGGGUAGUGGGGAUAUGACAGUGUUGUCCGCAACAGGGAGUGGCGGAGCAGGAGGUGGACAUUCAGUUUUCCAAGGAACAAGCUCAGGGACCGUGGGCGGCUUGUGCUGCUCUCCCACUUCGGAGGGUCCAGCUAGUCGGAUUUCACCCACAUCAACCGGCCCGGAUGGGCCCGCUGUCUUUCCCCCACUGCCACCACCUCCUCCUCCCCCUCCUGGCUGUGGGGGGCUCGGCGGCACUAUGGAUGAAAGCGACAUGCAGGAUUACGAGGAAGAAGAGGUGGUGUUCCCCCUCUCUGCACCUCCCACGAACCAGUGGUACCAUGGCAAGCUAGACCGAACCAUUGCUGAGGAGCGGCUGCGCCAGGCCCGGACCCCUGGCAGCUACCUCAUCAGGGAGAGUGACCGCCGGCCCGGUUCCUUUGUCCUGUCUUUCCUCAGCAUGACCAACGUGGUCAACCACUUCAGGAUAAUCGCCAUGUGUGGGGACUAUUACAUUGGUGGGCGGCGGUUCUCUUCUCUAUCAGACCUGAUUGGUUACUACAGCUAUGUGUCUUGCCUGCUAAAAGGAGAGAAACUGCUAUCGCCAGUGGCGCCCCCAGAGCCUGUAGAAGACAGGAGAAGAGUCAGGGCCAUACUUCCAUACACCAAAGUGCCAGAUACUGAUGAGAUCAGCUUCCUAAAAGGGGACAUGUUUAUUGUUCACAAUGAACUGGAUGAUGGCUGGAUGUGGGUGACCAACGUUCGCACAGAGGAGCAAGGCCUCAUUGUGGAGGAUCUGGUGGAAGAGGUGGGGCGGGAGGAGGAUCCACAUGAGGGAAAAGUCUGGUAUCACGGAAAGAUCACCAAGCAAGAGGCCUACAACCUGCUGAUGACAGUCGGCCAGGUGUGCAGUUUUCUUGUCCGGCCAUCAGACAACACACCUGGAGACUACUCCCUCUUUUUUCGCACCAGUGAGAACAUUCAAAGGUUUAAAAUCUCCCCCACCCCCAACAAUCAGUACAUGAUGGGGGGGAGGUACUACAACAGUGUUGAUGACAUAAUCGACCAUUACAAGAAGGAACAGAUUGUUGAGGGCUACAACCUGAAAGAACCAGUUUCAGUGCAGCACCAGGAACAAGUACUUACUGACACAGUGGAUGGGAGAGAAAUUUAUAACACUAUCAGACGGAAAACAAAAGACGCUUUCUACAAAAACAUUGUCAAGAAAGGCUACCUCCUGUUCAACAAAGGUAAAGGCAAACGGUGGAAGAACCUUUACUUUAUCCUGGAAGGUAACGACGCCCAGCUCAUCUACUUUGAGAGCGAGAAGAGAGCCACCAAACCAAAAGGGCUGAUCGACCUAAGUGUGUGCUCCGUGUAUGGUGUGCACGACAGUCUGUUUGGCAGGCCAAACUGUUUCCAGAUUGUUGUCCAGCACUUUAGUGAGGAACAAUACAUAUUUUACUUUGCGGGAGAGGUCCCAGAGCAUGCACAGGACUGGAUGAAAUGCCUUCAAACCUUCUGCAGUAACUUAAGGAAAACCACUCAGACCACCUCCAACAAGAGGCUUAGACAGGUGAGCAGCCUAGUGCUGUAUGUGGAGGAGGCCCACAAGCUGCCGGUGAAGUAUUUCACCAACCCUUACUGUAACAUCUACCUGAACAGCGUCCAGGUGGCUAAGACGCACCCUAGGGAGGGGCUGAACCCCGUCUUCACUGAGGAGUUCAUCUUUGAUGACUUGUCAAGUGAAAUCAACAGAUUUGAAAUCAGCCUGAGCAACAAAACAAAAAAGAGCAAAGAGAGUGACAUCUUGUUCAUGCGUUGCCAGCUCAGCCGUCUGCAAAAGGGCCAGAUGAUUGAUGAGUGGUUCCCUCUCAGCUCCCACGUGCCUCUGAAGGGCAUCGAGCCGGGCUCCUUACGUGUACGCGCCCGCUACUCCAUGGAAAAGAUCAUGCCCGAAGAGGAGUACAGCGAGUUCAAAGAGAUGAUCUUGCAGAAAGAGUUCCACGUCAUCUACGCUCUGGCCCACGUGUGUGGUCAGGACCGCACCUUACUGGCAAGCCUCCUCCUGCGGAUCUUCAGACACGAGAACGCCGAAGCACCCCUACUCAGGACACUCAAUGACAGAGAGAUUAGCAUGGAGGAUGAGGCCACAACAUUGUUCAGAGCGACCACGCUGGCCAGCACUCUGAUGGAGCAGUACAUGAAGGCCACAGCCACACCCUUCGUCCACCAUGCUCUCAAAGACACCAUCCUCAGGAUCAUGGAGAGCAAACAGUCCUGUGAGUUAAACCCUUCCAAACUGGAAAAGAAUGAGGAUGUGAACCUGAAUCUGACUCAUCUCCUCAACAUCCUGUCUGAGCUGGUGGAGAAGAUCUUCAUGGCUGCUGAGAUCCUACCACCGACGCUGAGGUUCAUCUACGGUUGUCUGCAGAAGUCUGUGCAGCAGAAAUGGCCCACCAACACCACCAUGCGGACAAGAGUUGUAAGUGGCUUUGUCUUUCUAAGACUGAUCUGUCCUGCCAUCCUCAACCCCAGAAUGUUCAACAUCAUUGCUGACCCUCCGUCUUCAACAGCAGGCAGGACCCUCACACUGGUGGCUAAGUCUGUCCAAAACCUGGCCAACCUUGUUGAAUUUGGUGCUAAGGAACCCUACAUGGAGGGCGUGAACCCUUUCAUCAAAAACAACAAACUUAGGAUGAUCAUGUUUCUGGAUGAGUUAGGGAAUGUCCCUGAACUCCCUGAAGCCACAGAGCACUUUAGGACAGACCUGUCCCGGGACCUGGCUGCACUGCACGAGCUCUGUGCCACACACUCAGACGAGCUCCGGACGCUGAGCAAUGAGAGGGGAGCACAGCAGCAUGUGUUGAAAAAGCUGCUGGCCAUCACAGAGCUCCUCCAGCAGAAGCAGGCUCAGUAUGCCAUGUCCAACAGCAACAGGUAGUACUGCACUCCUCCCCUCCACCCAUCUUCCCAUCCUUCCGUCAAGUCUCCUCCAUCCACCGGAGUGCAGCGCAGAGGAGACCUAGCAUGCUCUACCCUCAUCACCAUGGCAACCCCUCCACCCUCCACUUUCCAUCAUGUCCUCCCUCUGAUAGUCCCGCCCAUCCCCACCCACCCGCCCAUCUUGUCCCGUUCACCACAAGAGAGCUAUGCAACAACAGCGGCUGAGUACAACAAGUGAUGCCGUACUUAAAAAAACAAAAAGAAAAAAAAAAACUUGCGCCAGUGACUGACAGCUGUAUGCACAGGAAAAAAAUAUUUUUCCUUCAUAAACUGUGUUCAUGAUUCUGACUUGGGUACAUUUCAUUCCCUUCACCAUGAGGGCCAAAUAUAAAGAUUUCAAGAGGUUUCUUUGUACCCACUAUGUGUUUUGAUAGCACAGGUUGCCAAAGUGUACCCCCACCCCCCGUUCUGGCUCUAUAUGAGGAAACUGACAUGAAGAAGCUAGUUCUCUCAGUCCCCUUUUUCUGGUAACUGGAUUAUGAGCGAUAAUGCUUUUUAUACUGUAAUUAGUGACUGAUUUAUUUUAAGGUUGUGACAAUAUCCGCAAAGUGCUGAAACUAGCAUUUCUGUCCAUUUGUUUUGUUUUGUUUUUUUCUCUUAUCUCUUUCUAUGGUUUCUAGAUUGGAACAAAGUCUUUCAGAAAAGUAUGGUUAUUUUAUAUUAAGAAUAAAUUCUCUUGCUGGAAUCAUGAGUAUAUAAGAGAGAUGAGCUGAAUUUUUGUUUUCUUCCGAUUGUACCAGCUAUAUUUUUUUGAUUAUUUGGUUAAGUCUUUUUUUUGAAACUUCUGGAUGCCAGACAAGACACAUAAUCAGAGAAACCAAGUAAAAUGAAAGUGUUUACAGCAGUAAAUUUUUUUGGAAUAGUACAGACUGUAUCAGACAUGCAUGCACUUAUUAAACAGUUUUUGUAAAGUAGA